AUGCUUGGUCUGUGUUCACACGAGCCGCAUUUCUCGUUGCUUCGUGAAGAAGUGAAAUUCGGCAGACCGCCGAAAUACAAGCAGAAGGGAGCAGCGGCUCAAAAGACGGGUGGUGUGGAGCAUAUAACGUUUCAUUUGUUACAUCUUUCGUUGCUUAGAGAGUAUCUGUCGUGGGAAUUUCGAUCUAUCGAGGAUAAAUUGUCGUUUGCCUACAAUGUGGAGUCGAUAAUAGACGAUUGGGUAUUGAUGGGUUUCUUGAUUGGCAACGAUUUCAUCCCACAUUUACCGCAUGUGCAUAUUCAUGAGGAUGCGUUGCCGGUGCUUUAUAAGACUUAUAUGGAGGUAUUACCGCAAUUGGAUGGUGAGUUAAUUGGUUUGGUUUAA